AUGCACCAAUUCCAUCCCCAGGACGUGUUUCGUUCCUUGUACCGUGAUGCCUGCGCCCAAGCCACCCUUGAGCUGGAAGAGAUCCGAGCAGCAGCGGAGAUGCCGCCGCUACCAUUCGACCUCAGUCGGUCGCUGGAGCGUAGCAUGACGGAACUAUUCCCCCAGCUCCAGCACCUCGAUUCGGCAAGAGAUGCCCAUCGACAUCAGUUGACGAGUGUGCAACUGCACCAGCGGCUUCCGUCCUCGGAAAGCACCUGCUUUGUUUGUGUUCGACGUAGACCCCAAUAUUGCCUGCCCUGUCGGCACUGGGUAUGCCAGACAUGUGUCUGCACCUUUGCCCGCCUUGAUGCGGGCGAUCCGUAUCUAUUCCAUGCGGACGAGUGUCUGCUAUGCGGCGCAACGGCUGGUCCCUGCAUCCGCGUCCGACCAGCCACCGCCACCACACGCAUCCUAAGCAUUGAUGGGGGCGGCACAAGGGGUCGCGCUCCCCUCGAGUUCCUCAGCGUCCUGCAGGAAGCCAUCGGCCUGCCCUACCCCGUCCAACAGAACUUUGACGUCGUCUUCGGCACCAGCUCAGGGGCCCUCAUCGCAUGUGCGCUGUGCAUCAACGGCUGGCCCGUGGACCAAUGCAUCGAGUACUUUGAAACGUCGUCCAAGCUCGCGUUCGAGGAAUCUCGCUACACACGCAUCGUACGGUCGCUCUUCCACGCCGCACCCUUUGUGGCGCCUGCUGUCGAGCUCGUCAAGUCCUUGCUUGUCGACUGCAAGUACGCCGCCGACCAGCUCGAAGCCAUUCAACAGGAGGCGUAUGGCGCCUGUCGAAGCAUUGUUGAUUCCGCUGAAGCGAGCCGCGCGGGGACCCUGGUAGGUAUGACACUGACGAGCGCACAGGACAGCAGCACUUUUAUCGUGACCAACUACAACGCAGAGAAUCAUGAUAACCAGGACUAUGAAGUCGUUCGAUUCGACCAGGGAGUCGCCGCAGCGCCUCUGUGGGAAAUUUACUUCACGGCCCACCACAUCCAAGGCGCCGGCACAUUCCAGGAUGGGGGCCUCGGGUACAACAACCCAGCCCCCAUUGCCAUCAAGGAGGCGGCAAUUCUUUUCCCAGCGGCGCCUAAGCCAAGCACCGUCGUCUCGCUGGGGACGGGUUCCGCUGGCUCCCGUACCACGGCGAGCGCGGGGAUCGCUGCGAUGUGGGAGGACUCGUUCCCUGCGCGACUAUAUCGGGCUUUUUGGAAGCAAAACGCCGGCACGGCGUGGAAAAACCUGGUGAGCCAAGAGGAGGACAAAAGCCAUGGCGCCUAUUUUCGGUUCGACAUGGAGUACGACGGGAUACAGCCAGCGUUAGACGACGUGACCAGCAUGCCGCACGUCGCGCAGAUAGCACGUGACAGCGUGCUUGGUUCGCCGCAGAUGGAGCGCCUGGCGCGACGCGUGCGUGCUGAGCUGUUCUACUUUGAGCUAGCCGCCACGCCGCGUCU